AUGAAUAAAAGUAGUUUAUCUACUCAAAUUUCUAAAAAUAAAAAAUAUACUUUUUUAACUAUUAGUACUUCAACUUCUAGAACCUUAAAUUUUCUUCAAGUUAAUAAUAUCUUUGAAGACUAUAAUGAUUUUGAACAAACAUCAGAAACUAGCUUCUUAUUUAACAAUAACUCUGCAAAUAUAAUUGAAAUAAAAGAGUAUAAUACUAAAUAUAAGAUCUACUAG